AUGUCGUCGUUUUUCACAGUUCCCGGCAAGAGGAAGCGACCUUCAGCCCCGGAAGCGCCCAAGAAAAGAAUUGCCGCCUCAAAAUCCUCUGCCAAAACCUCUGCGAAAUCUGCGAAGCCGUCCGCGAAGCAGGCUGCCCCAAGCAAGAAGCGAGUCGAGCGUGACGACGAGUCAAUUUCCGGCAGCGACUCUGAAGAUGAAGAGAGCUACAAUGGAGCCUCUGACGCGAGCAACGACGAAGGCGACAGCGACUCUGACAACGGGGUCGAGACCGCCGCCGAGAAGCGAUUGCGACUGGCCGAGCGCUACCUCGACAAUGUCAAGGAGCAUGUGGACGAGAUUGGAUUCGACGCCGCAGAGAUCGACCGAGAUCUGAUCGCCGAGAGGCUGCAAGAAGAUGUGGCCGAAACAAAAGGAAAAGUUUAUCGUCAAUUGGCUGCCGAAUUGGCCUUUGACAAGGCCAGCCAGACGUUUUUUAGAUCCAAUACAAACUCUGUCACAUCCAUUGCCGCCUGCGCACCAUACGUCUACACCACCACCAAAGAUCUUUUCCUACACAAGUGGAGGAUACAAGACCUCCCUCAGCACCAGUACCCGCAGACAACAAAACGGAAACCGAAGAAGCCCCCCGCGCCACCAAAAAAGCGACCGGAGCUGGAGCUCUGGAUCAAGGGAAAUGCGAGCAAGAAAGAGGAUAAGGACUACAAGAGACACGUUAAGAAUAUCUUGGCGGUUGCCGCUUCUUCUGACGGCAAAUACGUCGUCACCGGAGGCCAGGAUAAGAAGAUCAUCGUCCACGAUGCCGAGACCCUGAAACCGAUCAAGGUCUUCACACACCACCGCGAUGCUGUAACGGGGCUUGCGUUCCGGAGAGGCACGAACCAGCUCUACUCCUGUUCCAAGGACCGAACGGUCAAGGUCUGGAGUUUGGACGAGCUGGCCUAUAUCGAAACCUUGUUCGGCCACCAAGACGAGGUUAUCGAUAUCGAUGCUCUCGCCCAGGAGCGAUGCGUCAGUGCCGGUGCCCGAGACAGAACCGCCCGCUUAUGGAAGGUAGCAGAAGAAACCCAGCUGGUCUUCCGCGGCGGCGCGGUAGACAAAAAGCCACAACCGGGCGUCAAUCCUCGAUCUCUCCUCCACGAGGGCAGCAUGGACCGCAUCGCCAUGAUCGACGACGAGCUCUUCGUCACCGGCAGCGACAACGGCAGCCUUGCUCUCUGGAGCGUGUCCAAGAAGAAGCCUGUCUACAUCCAGCCCCUCGCCCACGGCCUUGACCCGCCCCUGGAGCCAGAAGCCGCCUCAGCUGAGGUGAACCCAGAUCGCAAGGUCGUUCCCGCCCCUACCCCUCGCUGGAUCACAGCCCUCAAGACCAUCCCCUAUUCCGACGUCAUCAUCAGCGGUAGCUGGGAUGGUCAUGUGCGGAUAUGGCAGCUGUCCGAGGACAAGAAGAAGAUCGACCUCGUCGCCACCCUUGGCGGCUCUUCAGAAGACCAGCACGACGACGCAUCCGGUGACGGUGGAGACAAGCCUCACUACCGAUCCGUAGAAGGAGUCAUCAACGACAUCGCCGUCUUUGAGCGUGGCGACCGCGGCGAAGAAGGCGUCUGCAUCGUCGCCGCCGUAGCCAAAGACCACCGCCUGGGAAGAUGGAGCGUGAACAAAGGAAAAGGAGUAAGAAACGGUGGUGUGGUAUUUGAAAUUCCGAAGAUUCCAAGAGCAUCAACCAAUGGUGUACAUGAUUCAUCAGAAGGAGAAGAAGAA